GCGGGGAAGGCGGGAGCGGGGCGGGAGAGCACUCGGGGUAGCCAGCCUGUGGCGGGGGCAGAGUGCCGGCGCUUUGAACUCCGGGCGAAGGUGAAGCAGAACUUUUGCAAGUCGUGCCGGCGGUUCUCUUCGCUCAGGCAGUAUAAGAGAACUUUAUGGAUCAGAUUGGUGAUCAGUACAUGGAACAUUUGAAGAGCUGAAGAAAGAAACCAGUAUUAAACUUGUUUUUUUAAAUAUCUAGGUUGGGGUUUGCCCUUGACGAAUAGCAAAAUGAUGAGUGAUGCAAGUGACAUGUUGGCUGCGGCGUUGGAGCAGAUGGACGGUAUUAUAGCAGGUUCUAAGGCCCUGGAAUACUCCAAUGGGAUUUUUGAUUGCCAGUCUCCCACCUCCCCGUUCAUGGGAAGCUUGCGAGCCCUGCACCUUGUGGAAGACCUGCGCGGGUUGUUAGAGGUGAUGGAAGCAGAUGAGAAGGAAGGCUUGAGGUGCCAGAUCCCAGACUCCACGGCGGAAGUGCUCAUCGAGUGGCUGCAGAGUCAAAUGACAAAUGGACACCUCCCUGGGAAUGGAGAUGUGUAUCAAGAAAGGCUGGCACGUUUAGAAAAUGAUAAAGAAUCUCUCGUUCUUCAGGUAAGUGUGUUAACAGACCAGGUAGAGGCUCAGGGAGAAAAGAUUCGCGAUUUGGAGUUUUGCCUUGAAGAGCAUAGAGAGAAGUUGAAUGCCACAGAAGAAAUGCUGCAACAGGAGCUGCUGAGCAGGACAUCCUUAGAAACUCAGAAGUUGGACCUGAUGGCUGAAAUAUCUAACUUGAAGUUAAAACUGACAGCUGUAGAGAAGGACAGAUUGGAUUACGAAGAUAGAUUCAGAGACACAGAAGGACUAAUGCAGGAGAUCAAUGAUUUGAGGUUAAGAGUCAGUGAAAUGGACAAUGAAAGACUUCAGAAUGAAAAAAAGCUGAAAUCUACCAAAUCUUUAAUGGCCAAACUUUCUAGCAUGAAAAUCAAGGUGGGUCAGAUGCAGUAUGAAAAGCAACGGAUGGAACAAAAGUGGGAGUCCCUGAAGGAGGAACUGGCAUCUCUGAAAGAACAGCUGGAAGAGAAGGAAUCUGAAGUAAAAAGACUACAAGAAAAAUUGGUUUGCAAGAUGAAAGGAGAAGGAAUUGAAAUUCUUGAUCGAGAUGAAAAUUUUAAAAAGAAGCUCAAAGACAAAAAUAUUGAAGUACAAAAAAUGAAAAAGGCUGUGGAAUCUUUGAUGGCAGCAAAUGAAGAAAAGGAUCGGAAAAUAGAAGACCUUCGACAGUGCCUGAACAAGUACAAGAAAAUGCAAGAUACAGUGGUACUGGCCCAAGGUAAAAAAGGCCAAGAUGGCGACUUUGAAGACCUGCUCCCUUCCAGUUCCUUCUCCACUUUGCUGGACGCACAGGGCUUUAGCGAUCUGGAGAAAAACCUGUCAUCUACGCCAGUAAUGGGAUCUCCCAGUCAUGACCCAUUUAACACAAGUGCUCCAGAAGAGUUCCACACCAGCAUCUUGCAAGUUUCAAUGCCUUCAUUAUUGCCAGCAUCUAAAGGCUUGGAAACUUCUGAAAAAGUGAAAUUGCCUCCUAAGCCAGAGACUUCAUUUGAGGAGAAUGAUGGAAAACUAAUCCUUGGUUCUGCUGUUGAAACUCAACUGUGCCAUAGUCUUUCAACUUCAAGUCUGCAGAAGUCUAGCAGCCUGGGCAAUCUGAAGAAAGAGUCAUCAGAUGGGGAAAAGGAGUCUAUUCCGAAGACUUCAGAGGCUAAAGCUCUGGUAGAAAGCAGCCCGUUUGGGAGCCUCCCUCACAAAGCUCCGGGGCAGGACACCUUUGUGGAUGACAGUCCCUUUGGCACUCGAAAAACCAGAUCUUCCUUUGGUCGUGGCUUUUUUAAAAUCAAAAGUAACAAGAGGACAGCAAGUGCGCCAAACUUGGACCGUAAACGAAGUGCCAGUGCACCCACCUUAGCUGAAACAGAGAAGGAGACACCUGAGCACUUAGAUCUGGCUGGUGUAUCGUCUCAGCCAAAAGAUUCACAGGGGAGCAGUCCCUUCCAGAUAUCGCCACCAUCGCCGGAUUCCAAAAAGAAAUCUAGGGGUAUCAUGAGACUCUUUGGAAAACUUAGGAGAAGUCAAUCAACUACAUUUAACCCAGAUGACAUGUCUGAGCCUGAAUUCAAAAGAGGAGGGACAAGGGCAACUGCAGGACCUCGACUGGGUUGGUCUCGAGAUUUGGGACAAUCUAACAGUGACUUGGAUAUGCCAUUUGCCAAGUGGACCAAGGAACAGGUUUGCAAUUGGCUUGUGGAACAGGGCUUGGGGUCCUACCUGAACUCUGGCAAGCGCUGGAUUGCAUCUGGCCAAACACUUUUGCAGGCUUCUCAACAAGAUCUAGAGAAGGAACUUGGAAUCAAGCAUUCACUUCAUCGAAAGAAACUCCAGCUGGCACUGCAAGCCCUGGGAUCCGAAGAAGAAACCAAUCAUGGAAAGCUGGAUUUCAGCUGGGUCACUAGAUGGUUGGAUGAUAUUGGUCUCCCCCAAUACAAGACCCAGUUUGAUGAAGGACGGGUAGAUGGUCGAAUGCUUCAUUACAUGACUGUUGAUGACUUACUGUCUUUGAAGGUCAUGAGCGUGCUCCAUCAUCUCAGUAUCAAGAGGGCCAUCCAGGUCCUGAGGAUCAAUAACUUUGAGCCAAACUGUCUGCGGAGGCGACCCUCUGACGAGAAUAGCAUCACCCCAUCAGAGGUUCAGCAGUGGACCAAUCAUCGCGUGAUGGAGUGGCUGCGCUCUGUGGACUUGGCGGAAUAUGCCCCCAAUCUCCGAGGCAGUGGUGUCCAUGGUGGGCUCAUGGUUCUAGAACCUCGUUUUAACGUGGAAACAAUGGCUCAGUUACUGAACAUCCCACCAAGCAAGACCCUGCUGCGAAGACAUUUGGCCACUCAUUUCAACCUUCUGAUCGGUGCGGAGGCCCAACACCAGAAACGGGAUGCCAUGGAGUUACCAGAUUAUGUACUCUUAACAGCUACUGCCAAAGUGAAGCCAAAGAAACUCACCUUCAGCAAUUUUGGGAAUCUGAGAAAGAAGAAACAGGAAGAUGGGGAGGAAUAUGUUUGUCCAAUGGAAUUGGGACAGGCCUCAGGAGGUACAUCUAAGAAAGGAUUUAAGCCUGGUUUGGACAUGCACCUGUAUGAUGAGGAUGACUUGGACCGGUUAGAGCAGAUGGAGGACUCAGAAGGGACAGUGAGACAGAUAGGUGCAUUCUCCGAGGGCAUCAACAAUCUAACCCACAUGUUAAAGGAAGACGACAUGUUUAAAGAUUUUGCUGCCCGUUCCCCCAGCGCCAGCAUCACCGAUGAAGACUCAAACGUCUGACCGCAGCACCUGGAUGAGCGCGGGGAGCCCUUCAUCUUUGUUCCACUUUAUUUCUCAAACACUCACAGUAUCUACAAUGAGCAGCAGACCGUAUAUCGUUCAUCGUUCCCACUUCUCGUUUAGAAGUGGAAACGGAAAGCAGGGAAUAGGUGCCGAUUCUAAAGUUGCCAUGACAAAUAAGACACUGGUGAAUGAGAGUAUAAUUGUUUUUCCUCUAUUUAAUGUAAAGAAAAAAAAAUCUGUGAUAUAUUAUAUUUAAAGUGUUGCAUUUAAUAUGAGUAUUUUGCCGUAGUGUUUCCAUCUACAUUCACAGCGUGGAGGGUUUGGGAAGCAGUAACCAGUGAGGGAAUGAUUUUUGACAGCACUGCAGCCCUGGAAGCAGGACGUUGUAUGCUUUCAAAAUCAACACGUGGAAUCUCUUUAAGCAUUCAGCGUGCCCACUAAAUGCCAGCCACACCUCCACAUGCCUCCACAUAUUGUCCCAUUUUUAUAUAUUUUUCUAAAUAUAUGUAUAUACUUAGUACAUAGAAAAACAGAACUUUUAUUUUGUGACAUAAGGAAGAUGAUAAAAAGAUCACAUUAAAAAAAAAUACAGUGAUCAAAAUUUUCGUAUACCAGCUGGUUCUUGGGGAGGUCAUGAGUGAUCUUUCUUUCUCCAAAACUGAA